AUGGGAUGGCAGCAGCAGCAGCUGCAGCAACAGCUGCAGCAACAGCUGCAGCAGCAACAGCUCCAUCAGCAGCAGCAGCAGCAGCAUCUGCAGCAGCAACAGCUCCACCAGCAGCAGCAGCUGCAGCCACCAAUAGCCCGUAGUCAGUGGCCCGAGCAGCAGCAAGCAUGGCUUCCGGAGCAGCAAUGGCAGCAUCACCAGCAGCUGCAGCAGCAACAGCUGCAGCAACACCAGCAACAGCAGUUGCAUCAGCAACAGCUGCUGCUGCAGCAACAACAACCGCAUGCUCAUCCUCCUACUCUUGCUGGGCUUGCUUCUUGGCAGCAACAGGUUGUGCCUCAGCAGCAGCAGCACAUGCUGCAGCAGCAGCAAAACCCCCACCAACAACAAAUGCUUCGCCAGCAGCAGCAGCAGCAUGCGCUGCCGAUGCAGCAACCAGGCUUGCAGCAGCAGCCGGUGCUGCAGCAGCCUUUGAUCCACCAACCAGUGCUGCAGCAGCAACAGCUGCAGCAGCAACAGCUGCAGCAACAGCAGCUGCAGCAACAGCAGCUGCAGCAACAACAGAUGCAGCAGCACCAGCUGCAGCAACAACAGAUGCAGCAGCAACAGAUGCAGCAGCAACAGCAGCAGCAACAACAAUUGCAGCAGCAGAGGCUGUCUUCAGAUGACCCGUCAAGUACUGCAGCACAAAGAAAUCUGCAGCACAUGCAACAGCAGCAGCACAUGCAGCAGCAGCAGCACAUGCAGCAGCAGCAGCACAUGCAGCAGCAGCAACUGCAGCAGCAGCACAUGCAACAGCAACAACUGCAGCAGCAGCACAUGUUGCAGCAACGCAGCGCCGGCCCUCAAGUCUCACAUUUAAGCCAGCAGACGCUGCAGCAGCAGCCCAAGCAGGAGCAGCCACUGCAGCAGCAACAGCAGCAGCAGCAACAACAACAAAUGCAGCAGCAGCAGCAGCAAAUACAACAAAAGCAGCAGCAACAAAUGCUCCUGCCGGCAUGUGAGGCCUCCUCCGAGGCAGUAAAGAGAGGCCCGGGUCCUGGCGACGCAGCAGCAGCAGCAGCAGCAGCAGCAGCAGCGGCAUCAGCAUCCUCAUCGCCUAGUCCUGAUGGCGCAGGUGCUGAGAACACUUCGGGCCCUCCUUCUUCUGAUUCACGCAGCAGCAGCAGCAGCCACAGCAGUAGCAGCAGCAGCUGCAGCAACAGAGGAGGGGUAGAGGUGGUGCCGCAGAUACAUGAGCUGCUGCAGCACCUGCUGCAGCAGGUUGGCUGCGAGGAGCAGCUGGAGCCGCAGGUGCUUCCCCUUCUCGUUGACCUCUUCCAGAGGGAGGCGCUGCGGCUGCUGUAUUCAGCAGCAGAGAUUGCUGAGUAUAGAGCAGCAGGUGCUUCUCAAGGGCGUCAUCCUCGGGGUUUAGGGUCUGCUAAAACCCUAAACCCUCACAGUAGCAGAUGCUCCCUUGUAGUAGAGGAAGCAGAUGCUGCUGCUGCGCUGCAGGAGUACCUGCAGCUUGAGGUACCCCAGCCUGCUUCAGCUCAGGAUUUACAGCGUUUAUCUCGUUUAGCGAAUACAAUGACAUUUGGCAGUGCAGCGGGAGAUUUGCUGCGGCAGCAUCGUUUGCAUGCAGCAGCACGUGCUGCAUUAGAUGAAGACAGUGAUGUAGCCGCUGCAGCUGCUGCUUCUGCUGCUGCUGCUGCUGCUGCUGCUGCAGGACCUCCAGGUACUGCAGCAGCUCCUCCCUUCGGCCGUAAGAAUAUCCUAGGAAAUGUACCAGGGGGUUUACCUCCUUACUUGCCAGAGGAUGUAAACACUUGUACAUUAAUGCCUCCUUGGUCAGUUGUAUUAGCAGAUAAAACAGGGGGAGGGGGCCCCCCUGGGGGACCCACCAGUGGGGAGACCCCCAGCGGGGGGCCCCCAGGGAGUGCUCCUGCCGGGCCCUCGGCCGGGGGGGUUGGGGGCCCAACAGCAACACGAGGGGGGCCCCUAACAGGACCUGGGGGGCCCCAUGGGGGGCAUACAGAUCAUGGUAUAGGGGGAGGCGCCAUGCAUGGCGCCAGCUAG